AUGACCAAAGACUCUCAAAAGGCAUUCCAGUGGACUAGACAACUCUUCUAUGAAAAGUCCAAGAAAGCAGACUCCCUCCUUGCUCGCAAACUAAAUCGUAAAACCCAAGCCAAACACAUAGACACAAUCAACUCACCCAAGGGUAGCAGCCACAACACUCCUGACCAUAUAGCCUCUAUAUUCUCAGACUACUUCACAGCACUAUACGACCACAACCCAGACAUAAACAGCCCAGCUUCCAAUGGACCAUAG